UCUCUUCUCACACAUCAACUCUCUCUGCCCACUUGCUUCAAGAGUAAAUAAAAACCCAUUAUUGAAAAAAUAAUAAUCCAAUCCAAGAAAAUGGGAUUACAAAACCAAUUAACCGAUGUUUCUUCUGAAUCUAUCCCAAUUUUACUCGUUACCCUUCUCGCCAACUGUGCUACUUAUCUCCGUUCCCUUAUUUUCGCUUUCCUUCAAUUCUUCGGAUUAUCUUCACUGUUCAAUCCGGUUCAAAUUGACGACGCACUAUACGACGCCGUCGGGUCCGGUUUAGCUGGUGUUGUUAUGUUAACCGAGCAGCUGAAUUUUAACCGGCUGUUUUCGUAUACGUUAUUUGAUGAUCAAGGAGAUGAUGCGUCCGGUUCGAACUGUGUUGUUUGCUUGAACCGGUUGGGUGAUGGUGACCAUGUGAGGAAAUUGGCGUGCCGGCAUGUUUUUCAUAAGCAGUGUUUUGACGGGUGGUUGGAUACGUUAAAUUUUAACUGUCCGAUUUGCCGGUCGCCGUUGGUUUCCGAUGAGCGCGUGGCACUCGCGAAGCGGCGCGUUGCUUGGGAUGUGCUUGAAUGGUUCUCUCUAAGGUGAAUGAAUGAAUAUAUAUGGCUGGCGACGAUGAUGAUGAUUACGUGGAAUUUCGUGAUGAGGUUUUUUAAAACAGUUUUUUUAAUAUUUAAUUUAAUUUUUUUUUAGUUUUUGGGAAUUAUUGUUUCCAGUUUUUUUUUGAAGAGCUUGAUGUGAAGUUCUUUUCCACUACUGUGAAAAACAUAUGUUGUUGGUAGUGUUUGACUGGAGUAAUAUUUUGUUUUUGCAAUUUUCUUUCCCUUUUUCUUUUGUAAAAUUAGGAACAUUUAUGUCAUAAAAGGGUUAUAGAGUAAUUGUAUUUUUUAAUAAUUUUAUUGGCUCCGUGCUUUAAUUUGAGAAUAUUUUCUUAA